AAACGUAUAUAAGGUGAAUCAAAACGGGCAUUCUUCCUCUUGAUUUCACUUACAGUUGGAAUUACGAAACAAAAAAGAUGAGAAUAGCCGUCAUAUUUCUUAUAUUACCGGCGUUGGCAGUUGCCGCUCCAGAGAAGAGAUUCUUUAUGGCUGAUAUUGAUCAGACAAAAAUUAAACAAGACCUUCAGCUAAUAGUUGAUAUGGCAGGAAGCAACGAAACCGAACAAGCGUGUGAAGCGGCUGUUCACAAGAUCUCGACUGGACUGUUGUUUCAUAGUGCACAGUUGUUAUGUCAUUCGUUCCAGGCCCUUGUUAAGCGCUUCCACAUCGUUCCAGACCCAACUACUACAGCAGCCCCAGUUAAGCGAUUUGUUUUAGAUACCAUAUUGAGCUUAGUUGAUGCGGACACAUUUAAAGCUGAUCUCCAGAAAAUGGUUGAUACGCUAGGAAGCGAUCCUACCGAAAAAGCAUGUGAGCAAUAUGGACACACAUAUCUGACCGGCCUAUUGGAUCAUUCUGUACCUCUUAUAUGUCAUGGGUUUCAGGAGCUUGUUCAUCAUUUCCAAGUUGUACCGCAAGUCUCUACUACUUCGUCUGCCUAAACAAAGAGAUUGAGUUGAAUACGAAAACCAGUGGACACCUUGACCUUUUACUCUGAAAUAUGGACAUUUUGAAAUAAAUCUAGCAUAAUA